UCCUCACGCCUCUCUCCCCUCCACUCCAGCAGUUUUCUUGCCUAGUAGGGAGGACCCGCCUUGAGUGCUCAAACUCUGGCGAUGUUUCUUUCCUUCCGACUCUGGGCACGAAGGUUUGAGUCUCCUGGCGGCCGGCGCGUCAGCCUGGAGAUCGUUGCGCUGCUGCCGCGGGAUCCGCGAUGUCCGUGCGCGGAGCGCACGCGGGCGCGCGGCCUGCCCCGAGAGGCGGGGUGUGACCGGAGGGUUUAGAUAGGAGGCGCCGACGGUGAGGAACACCCUCGCUUCCGUGGAGCUGCCUCUGCAGCGCAGCCUCCCGUCCGGAGCCGCGCGCGGAGCUGCGAGGGGUUCCCACACGCAGACGCCGGGGCCCUGGCCCUCCCGCAGCCUCGCUCCUGUCCGCCGCGCUGCCCGCCAUGCGGCCGCCGCCCUACCGCUGUCACAACACCACCUCGGUGGAGAAGGGCAACUCGGCGACAAUGGGCGGGGUGCUCUUCAGCGCGGGCCUCCUGGGCAACCUGCUGGCCCUCGGGCUGCUGGCGCGCUCGGGGCUGGGGUCGUGCCCGCCGCGCCCGCCGCCCUCGGUCUUCUACGUGCUGGUGUGCGGCCUGACGAUCACAGACUUGCUGGGCAAAUCCCUCGUGAGCCCCUUCGUGCUGGCCGCCUACGCGCAGAACCGGAGCCUGUGGGGACUGGCGCCCGCGUCGGGCAGCUCCCUGUGCCAAGCCUACGCCUUCUUCAUGUCCUUCUUUGGGCUUGCCUCGACGCUGCAGCUCCUGGCCAUGGCCCUGGAGUGCUGGCUGUCCUUGGGACACCCCUUUUUCUACCGACGGCACAUCACCCUGCGCCGCGGCGCGCUCGUGGCGCCGGUCGUGGGCGCCUUCUGUCUGGCUUUCUGCGCGCUGCCCUUCGUGGGCUUCGGGAAGUUCGUGCAGUACUGUCCCGGCACCUGGUGCUUCAUCCAGAUGGUGCACGAGGAGCGUUCGUUGUCUGUGCUGGGCUACUCGGUGCUCUACGCCAGCCUCAUGGCGCUGCUGGUCCUCGCCAUCGUGCUGUGCAACUUGAGCGCCAUGCGCAACCUCUACGAGAUGCACCGGCGGCUGCGGCGGCGCCCGCGCUGCGGCACUCCGGGCCGCGUCGAGCCGGGGCCCUACGACCGGGAGGCGGCCGCGCAGCCCCUGGAGGAGCUGGACCACCUGCUGCUGCUGGCCCUCAUGACCGUGCUUUUCACUAUGUGCUCCCUGCCUUUAAUAUAUCGUGCUUACUAUGGAGCAUUUAAAACUGUCCAUGAGAUAGAUGGAAACUCUGAAGAAAUGGAAGACCUCCGAGCCUUGCGUUUUCUGUCUGUAAUCUCCAUUGUGGACCCUUGGAUUUUCAUAAUUUUCAGAACAUCAGUAUUUCGGAUGUUUUUUCACAAGAUUUUCAUAAGGCCUCUUACGUACAGAAAUUGGCCCAACAAUUCCUGCCGAACUAACAUGGAGUCCAGUCUGUGACACUGUUUUACUACCCAGUCUCCGAUCCUUUGCAGGAGGGAUCUAUGCUUCUUUGAAAUACAGGGAUGUAUGACUUACCAGAGAAUCAUGUUUACUGCGUUUGGCUGCGUGAGGCAACAGGGUAUUCAACACAGAGUAAAGCCCACCCAGGACUCAGUCAACCUCAUUCGAGGGUAGGUGGUAACAACAACCUUAACAUCUACCUAUUAACAGCCAUAUUCUGCUCUUUGUGGAAACUGUGAGAUCAUGUUGAGGUUCCUGAGAGCUGUGCUUUCAAACCUAGAGCAGGAUGUGGCUCAAAUGGAGCACAACCAAGCACUUUAAUCGUACAUUUACAUGUUUACAAAGGUUUACAACACUAUGGCCAAAAGGGAGAAGAGGGGAAAAUACAGCUGCAGCUAAUAAACCAAACAAGAAACUCUAAGCCCAGUUUGUAGGUAAGAACUUCCACCUUUGGUAAAAGAACAUAUGGGGAAUAUUAGUUUUCAUCCGCUCUGGGGUCCCUUUGUACUCCAACACACUCAGACUCUGAGCUGGAGAGCUGGUACAUUUGAAUAGUCCCAGGACCCCUACUCAGCCAUCCCUUCCAAAGAUAAGAAUAUUUGCCUUAUUUCCAGCUUAGCAGCAACCCCACUGAAAACCCCAGAGAGCAAACCUCUGGUUUGUCUCAGAAAUAUAUUAACUUGGAUAUAUGUGUGUGUGUGUUUGUGUGUGGCAUAGCAAAACUGUGAAAUGGCCAAAUCAGGAAUAUACAAGCUGUAAUUUAGAGUAUCACAUGAUAAAAAGUGCAUUUGUUUUCAAGUUUAACUUUCACUUGUAUAUUUAAUGUGUAAAUAUAAUAUGUGUUGUAUUGUCAGAGGAAGUACCCCUUUUUGUGUGUGUUUUCCUUUUGGAAGGUUAACUAUGGUAACUAUCAAGCUAUCAAAUGAAUCAAUAAAAACAAUUUUAUAGUAUUGCGCAGAGGAAGUUUCUUUAAAUGAAAGAAACGUGUUUAGCUUUCUUUUCUGAAUGAACAGUUGCCAGUAGUAUUUCAUUCUCUAGCGGCUUAACAGUGUGAAUUUUUAAUGUGUGAACUUUUAUAUGCUCUUCUAUUCACAUUUCUAUUACUCUAAACAAAGCUACUCUAAAGAGU